AUGCAUGACGAGGUAAAUUCUUUAUUAUCCUUGAACUGUCGGACGUUUUCUGAAAAUUGCAAGUGGUCAAACACCAACGAGGAAGAACUGGACUGGACCACCUUGCAGGCUCUACCCGACGCUGAACGUUUUUUAUCUACGCUUGAAGUAGAGAACUAUCCAGACCUGGCAUCAGGAGUGCUGGCCUCAAACUCUCGUCCGGGUUGGGAAGGUGGCCAGUUGAUAUCGGAUCCUAUUCCAUGUCUGCCCAAUGGAAUCCGAGUAGCAGCCACUGCAUGGAGAUCCCGUAUUGGAUCUAUCAAUGAACAACCAAAGCUACAGGCUCGAACAUUCUCCAUUGGCACGGAUUCAUCCUAUAGAUUCUAUCUGUUUAGGAACGGAGUUCCACUAACAGUCGACGUACCAUCCGCUAAUGACCCUAACGAGCCAGCUCAAAUUGUCUUCUAUGGAAACAAUUUUGUGGCAGCACUAGGAGGCGCUAUAUUUCUUCAAGACAUUGUCUUCGAAGGAAGACUUUCGUGCAAUAGUAAAACGGACACACAUCCGAUUUUGAUGGGAGACGACGUCCUUCAAGGACGAGCUUACGAAGAACGGCACCAAACAACUGUGUACACUCCACAACCGCAAUCUGUUAAACCACUAAAGAUUAUGGAAGAACUGUCCGGCUUGGAAGUGCUAGCAGACAAGUCUUCUACUUUGGACAGAUCGUCCGAAAAAUCCAUGAGCCCAUCGAAUUCUAUUUCUAGUCAAAUUGAAGAGGAUUUGCUGGCGGACUUGCAACCUGAUUCCUUGAAAGCCGUCAUACCAAUAACUUCAACAUCUUCCCCUACAAAUUCACUACAAAUCCCAUCUCAACUUUUUGAAACAUGUCUAGCACUUUCUUGUAACCCUUCAGAUUUGAACUGCAAAUUUUGGCGUUCUUCUGGAGAGAAUCGAUGGGAAAUCGGUUCUGCUGACAGGAUAACCAAUCCUCUUACAGGAAUCCAUGUACCUCCCAGUUCAGCCCAGAAGUUUCUUGUCGCUCCGUUUCUGGACGCUCACGCCACCAGUUACACUCUUGUAUCGGAGUCUUUAACAGUUCCACACAUGGAACCAGUAUUUUUCUGCUUUCAUGAUUAUAUUGCCACCCAUGGACUAAGACUUUCCAUAUGUACAGACAAUAUGGACUGCUUCUACAAGAAGGAUACACUUCUGCUAGGAAAUGCCGUUGAUGAAAAUAAGAAAUGGAACAUUCACUGUGUAAAGCUACCGAUCGGAAAGUACGAGCUGAGGGUGAUGGCGGAGAAUCUUGGCGGCAAUAAGGGCGAAGUCGGAUUUCUCCCUAUUCGUUUGUCUCGCGAUCCAGCCGGUCAGGAAUUCAUUUGUUGA